UAAAGUAAGCUUUGUAGGAGUCAGGAACAUGCUAUUAUUGGAUCUAAGUAAAGGAAGAGAAGAAGAAAUCAGCAACAAUGAAACUCCCUAUCAUAGAUCUUUCCUCACCUGAUCGUCUUUCUACUGCCAAUUCCAUCCGUCAGGCGUGCAUUGAGUAUGGUUUCUUUUACCUUGUGAACCAUGGAGUGGAGAAUGAUGACAUGGUGAAAGCUUUUGAUGAGAGUAGAAGGUUCUUCUCACUUUCACUUGAAGAAAAAAUGAAGUUGGCUCGCAAGGAGUUUAGAGGUUAUACUCCUCAGGAUCCUACUUUAGGCCUCCAAGGAGAUUCAAAAGAGAGCUUUUAUAUUGGUCCAAUGGCUGAUUCAACAAAUGCUAAUCUCAAUCAAUGGCCUUCAGAUGAAUCACUUGAAAAUUGGAGACCAUCAAUAGAAUCCUUCUACUGGAAACUCUUUGGAGCUGGAAAAAAGUUGUUAUCUCUAAUUGCCCUUUCCUUGAAUAUGGAUGAUGAUUUCUUUGAGAAGAUAGGUGCUGUGGACAGACCAUCAGCUUUUCUUCGCCUUUUGCGCUAUCCAGGUGAAAUGGGAUCUCACGAAGAGAUAUGUUCUGCUCAUUCAGAUUCUGGCACACUCACUCUUCUAACGACCGAGGGAGUUCCAGGACUACAGAUCUGUCGGGACAAGUUAAGGGAACCACUAGUCUGGGAAGAUGUAUCUUACAUAGAGGGGGCCUUUAUUGUGAACAUUGGAGAUUUGAUGGAGAGGUGGACAAAUUGUUUAUACAGGUCAACAAUGCACCGGGUUAAACGAACUUGCAAAGAGCGUUAUUCGAUGGCAUUUUUCUUAGACCCUCAUCCCGAUUGUAUCGUGAAAUGCAUAGAAAGUUGUUGCAGCGAGUCAUCUCCUCCAAGAUUCGCUCCAAUCCGCAGUGGAGACUACAUGGAUGCACGUACAAGAAACACACCAGUUUGACAAGAAUUUAAAAUGUUUUAUCCACUCAUUUAUUUAAGAAAAUAAAUUAAUAAACCAAAGAGCUUAAGCAAUAAGGAUGCGAGAGGAAAACGAUCACUAGAAGAUCUUUUCAGCCUGAAUGCAUGCCAUUGAUUGAAGUUGUCCUCUCUUUUCAUCAAUUAUUUCCCACUUCAAAUAUGUUGUCGACUAUUUUAUAUUCCUGCAUUCUGGAUAGUGUGUCUGUUUAAAAUUGAUUAUGGGAAAUUUUUGUAGAGCUGGUACGUCAUUUCCA